AUGACGCCGCUCUCUGGUUCUGGACUCAGCACAUUUCUCCUGUGUUUAAUGCUUUGUUUGCUCGAAACAGGUAACAUUUUAAAGCAAUUAUAAUUUAUUUCGUUCAUGAAAGCAUUGCUUAAGCAGUGAUAAAAAAAAACAGGAACCCACACCGAAUGUUUCUACAUACAGCAAAAAAACACCGUGAGUGGGAACUCGUGCCUUUUUUCUAAGUUAGCCUAAGAAGGUUCUUUUAAUAUAUAAAUGGGAAUUAGCACAAAUUUAGGCUAUUUAGGUUCUUAUAAAUAGGUUUUUAUUUUCAGUAGAAAAAAACACAUUGUGUAGCUAAGAGUAUUUAAUGGUAUGAUUCAUCUGGAUUGAUUUUUAACGUUGGCGGCAUUUACAUUGCAGUUGGAAUGGUAAGGCACCCAUGUCUCCAAUAAGGAUCCUGAAUGUACAGACAUUUUUAAAGAUUUUAGAAAUAAGAACCUAUUUCAAAUUUUAGGCUUAACAGGUUCUUGUUUAGAAGGGGCUUAACAGGAAAAUUUUAGCCUAAACGCAAAAUUCUUAGUCGCGGGUUUUAACUGUACGUCAAAAGUACCUCAAAUGGUUGUUAAUACCCUUAUUUAGAAGCCGGCGGUUUGGUUAAUUUAGAGCUGCCCUAACUUUUUUUUCUCGAAUUUUUUAGGUUGCUUUUCGUCUUGUCCAAAACUGUUACCUACCCUGAUCAUGGGUCCUGUCGAAAUUUCAAGGACACGUUCAUUUAAAAAUUCUACGGAACGUUUUGUCUUUUUUAAUGCCAUUCAAAAUUUUGAGGAGACCUCUUUUUUAGAAUAAUCGCAAAUCUUGGUGUUAACGCGUAAAAAACACAAGCUCCGAAAACGGCGUAGGUAAGUUAGAAGUAAAACUCCGAAGAUUUUAGACGAUUGGAACGGCUACGCCAGAAAUAUUAACCUCUUUCGAGCUUUAGACAUUUCCAGGCAAUAUUUACUCUUUUGAACAAUUAUUUUAGAGAUCAAACGUCCCUGAAAAAAAAAUAAGGACUAGAACAAAGUUCUUCCACCAGUUUAGGAUGCACAGAAAAUACAGAAAAGAAACACCUUAUCUUUUUUUUCUGACAGAAACUCUUUGGUACGUACAUCUCACGUAUAGGGCCUCUUACACCGAGUGUUGAAUUUUUAAGCUUUAUUAUAAAUUACCAGGCUACACUGAUCUUUGAUCAUCUUCCUCGCUUACAAGCUCUCAGCUAAUCAGCAAUUAUUAGACGAGGCUCCUUGAUACAUUAAAAACACUCAAACGAAUGUCUUUGUCAAAUAAAAUUCAUCCAUAUUAGAUUGAACAUAGUGAAUUUCGAUGUAAAGAAAAUGUGAAAAGAGACUGAAAAAUUGGUUGACGGGUUUUUGCCAUCUGAGCCCAAGCAAAGAAAACAUCUCAGUCAAAUUUUGUCUUGCCAAGCUGAGCAGUAAAUAAGGCCAUAUCAUCAGAAAGUAUUGCUGAUUCAGGAGUCAUAAAAUAAUAAGUGACAAUAAAAAUAAAGGGUAAAGACAAUAAUAGAAAAGACAGAGAAAAAGUCUUUUUUGCCAAGGGGUCGUCAAAAUGUUUCGAAAAAAUACAAUUUGAAAUUUGGCUGAUAGAAAUUGAUAUUACGCUUUCUGUUGGACUGAAUAAAUAGAAAUGAGGCAACCCCAUGCUAGGUUAGUUUGAAAACAAAAAGAUAUAUAUAUAUAUUUUUUUUUUUUUUACUUUAAUUCAAUUCUAAGUUUAAGGAAGAAAUUAGGUAAUACUUUGUCAUUUUAACCGAAAUACUUACUUUUCUCUUCGAAAAUGUUCAUCUACCCCUCCCCAAGGUCAACAUUUGCUUAAAGUGAGAAGUGAAUAUUAAUGUUGGCUUAGGGGAGGGGUAGGUGGGCAGUUUCCCAGAAUCCUAACUUGAUCCGUCCCUUGACAUGAUUGCUUUUAGCGUAUCCAAAGGAUUUGUCUCAGGAACAAGUUGCCAUGAUAGAUGCCUUCGAGGCUGCUAACCCUCACCCUGUACCCAACCCGGUACCUGCAAAAGAAGCCACUGUAGCCUGCAGUAACGAGGAAGAAUGCAGCAGAAAUCCUUAUAGGGUGGGGCGCAGUGAGAUAUCGACAAUGCUCCUUAGCUGCAAGGAGGAUGAUUCGCCUGCUAUUUGCCGCGUCUUUCUCGGGAGGAAAAGACGACUUGAUAAACAUGAACUAUCGAUUGAAAGACGAGCCCCUCAACCACGAUGUCCCCAUUAUAACCCAGCUUGUCGUUUCAACGGCCGUCUGAAGGAGAUAUUCAAGAGGACUGACAGUAUAAAAGAUCCGGAAUUGGCAGAUGAUACCGACAGUGAAGACGCGGAGUGCGACCCCUCACAACUCGACUGCCGUACAAGUCGCAAACGUUCGGUAAGUUGGCAUCUUGUUUAUUCCCCAUGCAUGAAAGAAAGAGGGUCCCAUUUGGAUACGAGAUUUGCCUCAUUUAAAGGCCGGGACUAGGGAUUUUAAAGCAAACUGGGGCAAAAUUCGUUUAAGAUUAAGGGCAGGCACGGGAUGCGAGAUGCUAAAAUAUCCAUCAGCCUGAUGGGAUUGAAGAACCCUGUGGGGACCUUCUAGAAUCACUUGAAUGUACGGUAAAAGGUAAACCGGAAUUGAGUAUGUAUAAUUUCUUUCACGUGACCAAGCUUUCCCUUUACUUAUAAUUUGCUAUCCAUUAUAUGAACAAAUCAGGUUCAUCCAGAAUUAACUUGGACUGUUUACACCUGCUAAGCUUGAUCGUUUCCUACGUUAAGAAAAUUUUCCACCUGAAUCUGACCUUUACAGUUUGUCGCCUCAUAUAAGGGAAUCCAAGACAGUCUUGGAUUCUGGAUUCCACGCCGUGGAUUCCGGAUUUCAGGUACUGGAUUCCAGUAUUUGUCAGUAAUUGGAUUCUGGAUUCUAAUCGUUCGAGCGAUUCCGGAUUCCUUGAGUGGUAUUCGGGAUUCCCAACCCAGGAUUCCAGAUUCCACAUUCAAAACUUUUUCGGAUUCCGGGUUCCACAAGCGAAAAAAUGAGGGGAAGUUUUCCGUAAAAAUAGCUCCAAAUCUCUCUACUGAGCUAAUAUUUCUGAAGGAUCCCGCCUAUAAGGACCGCCUAGGGUAUAAUAAUGUGACUAGAGGAAUGGGGACAGAAAACUUGCGUAAGGGGUUUAACUUUUGUCUCAGGAGGAUUAGUUAGUUUUUCGACAAAAAAUCUGUGCUGGGAAUACAUGAGAAAUAAACAUUACUGAGAUAGGGAAAAACUAAAUAUUGGGAUGGACUUCAAAGAUAAUAGAGACGCUACGAACCACGUUUACGGCGAAAAUGGUGGUUUCUCGUUUGUCGUUUACCGUCAGAUUGUGCUCAUGCAAGCUUUGUGCAAGACGCAGAUCUGGAAAAGGAACUCAGCACUCCUUGCAAUCCAGCCAAGGCCAUCACUAUUUUUCAUGGGCAACAUGAAAUACAACGGUAUUACACUUGGCCGGCGUUUUUUAUUUUACCAAAAACAUUCCGAAACAUCACUGGAAAGGUCUGUCGGGUGAAUAACCAGACUGAACAUGUUCCAUUUGACACAAGUUCUAUCUGAUUUCUUUUCUCGCCACAAUAAUGAUUCAUGAUGGCGGCACAGAUAUCGCCAUGAAUAGCUUUGCCUGACUGAUAAAUCGUUGUGAAAACCCGUAAAUAGGCCAAGCAUUUCUACUGAAACGUUUUCAAUAUAUUUUCAAUAUUCCCGACUUAUUAUUCCCGGAAAUUUUCCAGUGGAAAGGCCAAAAAUGAGUGUUCAAUUUCUUCUGUGCCGUUUGUCAUAAACGUAGUGCUUCUCCCUCGUAAAUGAUGUCGAAUAUGAAUACGAUCAUGCUCAACCUACGUAUUCUUAAGAAAAACUGAGACGCGCCAUUACUGAUAGAAGAGUACACAAACUAAUUUGGGACCGAGUCCUUUUGUUAAUAAAAUCAAAAACUGCUGUAAGACUUGAAGAAGUGUUAGAGCCACUUUGAUAUCAAAUAAUGUUACUUCAAAUCUGCUUUAUUGACUCUAAUGUUUAAUAAUACAGACGGGACUCGUUAUGAUUUUGUCGACAGAUUUCUAAACGCUUUUGUACGGAGCCGGAAGACUUGAAUGAUCCCAUGUGCAAAUGGGUGCAUGCGCAGACAGAGUAG